UAUCACCUAUCAAUCAUUUCUGCAAGUAAAUUUCCAAUCAAUAAAAGCAGUUGCCAUUUAUGCUCAAGGAGUCAAGGGGUAACAAUUCAAUCAAGUCACAGUAAAGUAAACUUGAAAUAUGCUAUAAUAACCAUGAAAAUAACACUUUUUUUUUUGACACAAAAAUAACAAUCUUUCAAUUAUAAUCUUCACCUAACAUUCCAAACACAACCAAAUCAUUUCCUUAUAAAAUUUGGACAAACAAGUAGUAUAAAAAAAAAAAAAAUAAAUAAAUAAAAAACAUUAGAACCUUCCACUCAUAUCUUUCCACAUAAGUCAGAGGCAGUUGGUCUCACUACAGAAAUACUCUGCUUUUACUCAGAACAACACUCAAAAUACACUUCCACUCUAUAAAUUACUCAUUUGUUUUGUAAGUUCUUCACCACAAAAAUUCAGCAAAACAAAAAACACUAACAGAAAAGUACUAAAAUCAAGUAAAUGGAUAGUUUUAAUUUUACCUCAUCAAAAGUAGCAUUAUCCAUCUUAACUUAUAUUUUAGUAGUAAGUUCAGUGAAUGGGCAGGUGACUACACCAUGCACAGCCUCAAUGGUAGCCACCUUCACCCCAUGCAUGAACUACCUCACCGGCAGCACGGCCAAUGGCUCAUCUCCAUCGUCGAACUGCUGUGGUGCCUUGAGAUCAGUGAUGAGCAGUAGCGUCGACUGUGCUUGCCUCAUGGUCACUGCAAGUGUUCCUCUGCCUCAACUUGUUAACAGAACUCUUGCACUUGGACUCCCUAGGGUUUGUAAAAGUGGUGGUGUUCCUAUUAAGUGUGAAGCUUCUGGUAGUCCUCUCCCUGCUCCAGGUCCUCUGCAGUUUGGAGCAACUCCUCCAGCAGGAGCCUCACCUAGCCCAGCAUUUAGUCCCCAAGCAUCCGAAGCAACAGCCUUUACACCAGCACCCGAACCAACGGGCACAGAAGUAUCACAGGUGGUGGCGCCAUCAACGGUGGAUGUCGAGGCACCAUCCUCAGUGGAAGUUGAGGCACCAUCAAGGACUCCUAGAAUUCGACCAGUGUUGACCCCAUCAACCUCAAGUGUAUCCAUGAUCCUCUCAUCAUCAGCUACUAAUAUUUGGGCAUUUCUAAUGGGAUUCAUGUUAUUCAUGUUGUAACGUAACAUAUUUGUACGUAUAUAUCAAAUUAAAGAUUGUGCGGUCGAGUUCUCCCAUGAUCCAUAGGUCUCUUGUAUGUUGUAUUGGGUUCAAAAUUGUAAUAAUAAAAUUACAAAUUAGGGUGAAA